AACGCUUAGUGCACUGUACGCGAACUAGUUUAACAACCUGGCUUCUAAUUGAAUAAAAGGUUAUAGACCGCUAGGAUGUUAAACCAGGCUCGAUGGUUGAUGCUCGUAAUUGCAGCUGCCUUGGCACUGCAGACCCAUGGCGACGGCGGAAUCAGGCUACCUGACCAGCCUCCAAAAGAAGACGUAGAAGGCCGAUCUUUGAACUUCGGAGGAGAUCACAGUAGAUCGCCUCAAGCUCAAGGACGAGGUCUGCUGGACUGGUUAGGUCUCGGAGAAGACCAAGAUCCGUACAUUCAGCAGUCUACCCAGCAAUGCAUCAAUGGAGAUCUGGCUGAUUGUUUCAAAGCACAGGCUCUUAGAUCUUUUGACGACUUCUUCGAUAAACAAGCAUACCAACUCUCGGAGAAUGCUGUACUCGUCAAAGUGGAAUCUCAGGCUAGGGCAUUAGCACAUGAACCACCACAGCUGGCGUCUCAGCCUCGCAGUGAAGAUUCGGACUGGGAUGCUCUUGUUAAAUAUGGAAUGAGGAAAAUUGAAAGAUUCCUGAGGUCUACUGCCUUAGAAAUGCAAUUAGAUGACGAGGUGACAUCGCAAGGCAUCAUUGCACCACGCUUUAUUGACGAAAUAGCUGAUGAGGUUGACAUAAUUGAAGAUAAGAAGGCGCCUCCAUUCCGUCGUCAUAAACUGAAGAAGCUGAUCAUACCUAUGUUGCUGAUAUUGAAACUAUUCAAGUUGAAGCUACUUUUGUUCCUGCCUCUCAUCCUAGGCUUGGCCAGCUUCAAGAAAUUCAAGUAUUUUUUAUAUAUUUUAUUUCCAGGCGUUAUCGGCUACUUCAAGUUCUGCAAACCAAACCUGACUUCACCAUUCUCCUCGAAUCAUUACAAUGGUCCCCAGUACUCCCCAGCUGGUAUUGGCCUCGGUCCCUACAGAGAAGUUCAUGCGCCAUCCCAUUAUGGACAUUAUGACAACUACCAGCAAGGACACAAAUACGGAUCUGGUGGCCACAGCUCUGGAGGAAUAUCCUUCAGAGAACAUGACGCAAGUCCCCAAGAUCUAGCGUACCAGGGUUGGGAAUACAGAAAUAAAAAGAACGAGGACAUCAAAGCAGAGGAACCUUAAGACUGAACUUACAUUAGAUAAUUUAUUUCUAGAAUGUGCACAUUUGUGACUGA